AUGGGUCAUUUCAAGAAGGAUUGUCCGGAGAUUAAUGGUAACUCCGCACAAAUUGUCUCUGAGGGUUAUGAGGAUGCGGGUGCUCUGAUGACACUUAUGGGGAAAUUAUUUAGCAAGGCAAUAGAAAAAUCACGCUAUGUAUUUUGCUUCACGUGCAUUAUUAAGGAAUUCAACAAAGAAAAGGUGAAGUUGGAAGCAGAAAUGACAAAUAUUCGAUUUGAUGCUAAAUCUUUACAAGAGCAGGUGCAUAAGCUCAUUGAAGAGAACACCGAGACAAAGAAGAGAUGUUUUUUUGGAUUUUGUCCUGAUUGUAUAUGGAGAUGUAAAAGGGGAGAGGAGCUGACAGGAAAAACAGAGGUGAUUGAAAAACUGAUAGAAACGGCAAAGAAACUAAAAAGUGUUGAAUUUGGUCGUCGUCUUCCAGAAAUUGAGUUUUAUUCUGGAAAUUACACUUCUUUUAAAAGCAGAGAGUUGAAAUACAAAGAGCUUUUGGAUGCAAUAAAAGAUGAGAAUAACUAUAUAAUUGUAUUGCAAGGAAUGGCGGGCAUAGGUAAAACUACAUUGGUAGAACAAGUAUUUAAACAACUUCGCGGAUCAAAGCAUUUCGAGUAUGCCAUCUGUGUAACUGUGUCAUUUUCUCCUGAUAUAAAAAAGAUUCAAUGUUAUAUUGCUGAAUUCUUAGGACUGAAAUUGGAGGAUAUCAGUGAAUCAGAUCGGUGUAAAAAGUUGUUGACCAGAUUAACCAAUGGUCAGAAAAUUCUUGUGAUAUUAGAUGAUGUGUGGGAUAAUCUUGAUUUUGAUGUCAUAGGGAUUCCAAAUAGUGACAAUCACAAACGAUGCAAAGUUCUUGUAACCACACGCAAUCUGGAGGUAUGCAAAAAAAUGGCUUGUAAAAAGACAAUUCAACUUGAUAUCUUAGAUGAAGAAGAGGCAUGGAUCUUGUUCAAAUGGUAUGCCCGUCUAACUGAUAUUUCCUCCAAAAGAAUUCUAGACAAGGGACAUCAAAUUGCAUCUGAAUGCAAAGGAUUGCCAAUUGCAAUUGCUGUUCUCGGGAAUAAUUUGAGGGCCGAAUUAAGUCGAGAAAAGUGGGAUGUUGCUUUGAAGUCCUUACAAAAGGAUGCGUCCAUGGAUGAUGUUGAUGAUGUUUUGGUUGACAUUUAUAAAUAUUUGAAGUUAAGCUAUGAUUAUCUAAAGGAUGAAAAAGCUAAAGAAUUGUUCCUCCUAUGUUCUCUAUUCGUAAAAGAUGAAGAAAUUUCAAAUGAAAUUCUAACUAGGUUUGGCAUAGGAGUCGGCCUUUAUGGGGAAGGCUAUGACAAAUACAAAGAUGCUCGAAGUCAAGCAGUUGCAGCAACAAAAAAACUCCUAGAUUCAAUUUUAUUGUUGGAGACAAAAAAAGGUGAUCUGAAAAUGCAUGGCUUGGUUCAUAAUGCAGCCCAAUGGAUAGCAAACAAAGCUAUUCAAAGAGUAAAUCUUUCGAACAAAAACCAAAAGUCAUUGGUUGAAAGGGAUAAUAAUAUCAAAUAUUUGUUAUGCGAAGGGAAUCUAAAGGAUUUAUUUUCAUCUGAGUUUUAUGGGUCUAAACUUGAGAUUCUAAUUCUCCACGUGAACAUGUGGGGUACUGUGGACAUCCCCAUUUCAUUCUUGGGAAGUAUUUCAGGGCUUCGUGUUUUGAAUUUAUCAAAUAAAAGUAUUAAUCUGGAGCGGCCAACUCUAUCAUUACCACAAUCAAUUAGUUCAUUGAUGAAUAUUCGUUCUCUAUUAGUUGAAAGAGUCUAUUUGGGUAACAUCUCUAUUUUGGGAAGCCUGCAAAGUCUAGAGACUCUUGAAUUGGAUCACUGUCAAAUUGAUGAACUUCCAUGUGAAAUUCAGAAACUGAAGAAACUGAGACUGUUGAACUUGGAAAAAUGUGAAAUUAGAAGUAACAAUCCUAUUGAAGUUAUCCAAAGAUGCACAUCACUUGAAGAAUUGUACUUCUGUCAUAGUUUUAACAAUUUUUGUCAGGAAAUAACCUUACCUGCAUUGGAAAGGUAUCGUCUCUCUGAUGGUUUCGGUAUGAUGAAUGAUUCACUGUCAAAAUGUGUGUCUUUUCACCAUGAUCAUUUCACAGAAGCAACAUUUAAGCAUGUGAUGCAAAAAAUAGAGCUUCUUCGGUUGGAAAGAGUUAAGAAGGGAUGGAGAAAUCUCAUGCCAGAAAUUGUUCCUAUAGAUCAAGGUAUGAAUGAUCUAAUUGAGCUUCAUUUGAAAUAUGAUUCACAACUACAGUACCUCAUAUACAUUGAACAUAUUGAUUCUCAAGUACCAACUGUCUUCUCCAAGUUGGUUGUACUACAUCUUGAGGAAAUGGAAAAUUUGGAAGAAUUAUGCAAUGGUCCCAUCUCAAUUGAUUCAAUGAACAAUUUAGAGGAGCUAACCAUGGAGUGCUGUCAACUUUUGCAAACAUUGUCUAAAUGCAGCCUAAAUCUUCGCAAUCUGAAGAACAUGACCCUAAAAUCAUGUCCAACGUUGGUUUCUGUUUUUGACCUGUCAACAUCUCGAAGCCUGCUGCUGUUGGAGAGCUUGGAAAUAAUUGAUUGCAAAAUAUUGGAAAACAUAAUUACAUGUGAAAGGAGAGUGGAAUAUGACACAAGGGAAGAAAUACUGGAUGGUGAUAUAGAUAACAAGAGUUGCAGCUCAGUGAUGUUUCCAAUGCUGAAAAUUGUCAAUAUUCAGAGUUGUCCCAAAUUACAAUUUAUACUUCCAUUUAUCUCUGAUGGAGACCUUUUGUUACUAGAAACUAUCACAAUAUAUGGUUGUCACAAGCUGAAAUGCAUAUUUGGCCAACACCAAGAUUUCAAAUUUGCUUCACUAAAAGAAAUGAUGAUUGGUGAUUCUCCGAAUUUCAUUGAUAUUUUUCCAGAAUCUUAUCAUUCCACACUUUCAUCCAUUGAAGGGUCAUCUAAUUCCAUUUCCAUGCGACAGCCACAACUGGAGCCUAUCGAAUCCAGCAUAUUCUCAUUGGAAUCGAUUUCAUACUGUCUUAACAUAUGGGAACAUGCUCAAUGGCUUUCAAGACCAACAUCAUAUAUCGCAUGUCAUAUUAAAGUGAUGACACUGGUGAAUGUUUCAAAGAUAAAAUCAGUGCUUAUUUUGUCUAUUGCACCAAAAGUAUUGUGGGAGAUCUUGACUAUUAGAAGUUGUGAUGAACUGGAGCAAAUCAUAUUAGACGUUGGAGAUAGCAUUGGUGGAGGCAAUGUCUUUCCAAACUUAAAAGAGCUCAACGUUGAAAAUUGUGAUAAAAUGGAAUACAUAGUUGGACACAUUAAAGCUAGUGAUGAUCAUCAAAAUCACAAUGAGGUGACCCGUAUUCAUUUUCCAGCUUUGGAAUGUCUCAAGCUCUGGAGUCUUCCAAGUUUAAUCGGCAUGUGUACCAAACGUUAUCGCACAACAUUUCCACCUUCGGCGGUACUUAAACUCGAUGAUUGCUUCGUGGUUGAUAUUAAACCUAUUGGUAAUUUCACUGUUCCUUCUUCUAUUUCAAGAUAUCAUGACCGUACAACCAUCAAGGUUAACGAAAUAAGUGUUGAAAAAGGAACUUCAUCGGCUAAUGCCAAGACAAUAACAUCAUCAAAUCAUUCAAAAUCAGUCAAUUUCAAAACACGACCCUCUUCUAUUACAUGUCAGUUUCCUUCAAAGCCUUAUGAAGGGGACUCUUCUCAUAUAGAAGAAGAUUUAAGUUCUUCUUUGCUUGUCGCGAGGGAGCUUGAGAAACUAGUCUCUGAGAAGUAUUUGAAUUAUGAGAACUUUUCUUUGUUGACUGAUUUCUUUGUUAAGAAUCCUUCAGUUCUCUUAAAGGACACUUCAUUGAGUAACAGAUACAAGGGUUAUGCCUACAAUUGCCUAGCUGAGCUAUUGAAAUUCCUCCAAACGCAUAAUGUGUUGGAUGUGUUAGGUUCAAGCCAUUCUGAAUUUGUUGAGUUAUUACAAGAUUGGAUGGUGUUGAAAAGAUUGUUGGACUCAAAACACAUUCCGACUUAA